GAUAAUCCAACUCAUUCUUGUUGUUUAUUGAACUGGUGCGUAAAAUUAAUAACACACAAGCACUAGUGUUGUUGAUGAGCUCGCGGAGGUCGUUUACUCUGACGUGUAACUCACGCGCUCCGACAACACGGAAGAUGUGACGUUGCACUGCUGAAUGGAUGAAACGAAAGUCUUAUGCUGGAGGACUGUCACAAACUUCACACGGAUCGUACAGUGAUUUAUUCAGUUUGCUAAUUUUACAAUGGCCAGUUCUAGCGCGGAUCCGACAACACUGUGUUUGUUUGAUGUGGACGGGACUUUAACAGCUGCUCGCCAGAAAGCGACUCCUGACAUGCAUCAGUUCUUGAAUGAACUCAGACAGCGAGUGAGAGUCGGGGUGGUCGGAGGAUCAGACCUGGACAAAAUUAAAGAACAGUUGGGUGAUGAUGUUAUUAAUAGAGUGGAUUACGUGUUUGCUGAGAACGGUUUGGUAGCAUACAGGUUUGGGCAGCUGCAUUCUGUGCAGAAUAUUCAGGCACACUUGGGAGAGGAGGUUUUACAGGAUUUUAUCAAUUUCUGCCUCAAUUACCUUUCAAAGAUAAAACUGCCCAAGAAAAGAGGAACAUUUAUUGAAUUCCGUAACGGAAUGCUGAAUGUCUCUCCAAUUGGUCGAAGCUGCAGCCAAGAAGAGAGAAUUGAAUUCUUUGAACUUGAUAAGAAGGAGAAAAUCAGAGAAAAGUUUGUCUCCAUUUUAAAGGAAGAGUUUGCUGGGAAAGGACUAGCUUUCUCCAUUGGUGGGCAGAUCAGCUUUGAUGUGUUUCCAGAGGGUUGGGAUAAGCGAUACUGUCUGGGAAUUGUAGAGAAAGACUCAUAUCAGCGCAUCCAUUUCUUUGGAGACAAGACUAUGCCUGGCGGAAACGAUUAUGAAAUCUUUGCUGACCCCAGAACAAUUGGUCAUGAGGUCAAGUCUCCUGAGGACACACAGAGGAUCUGCAAGGAGCUCUUCUUGAGCUCUGCCAUCCAGAAUGAAGUACAGUAGAAAGAUACAAUGUCCAUGAACUGUGAAAUUAUGCAUAGAAAUCUCACUUGACAUAUCCAAGCCAUUAUUGUCUUUGUGUACUUCAGUGAUUGUAGGUCAUGACAGUUAAUAGAUGAACCUGUUCAUACAGUGUUCAUUUUAUAUGUAAUCUGGUAUUAUUUACAGGUUUAAGGAACUGACUGGUGCUAGCGUCACUAUAUCUGAACUUCUGUGCCUUUAAUCAUGUCAAUACUGGAAAUAUACACUAUACAUUUUUAUUUUGUUAUUAAACACUUUGGAUUAAAUGUAAAGACAGAUAUCAUUCAGUUAUAACAGGUUUGGUUUUCAUCAAAUGUUACUGUACAUGUUGUUUUAUUAUGGGUUGUUGUUGUUUUUAAAUCUGGAGCAAACGUGAUUAAUAAGAACAGGUGUAGGCUGGACUUAAUUCAAAUUAAUGGUGAAGGUACUACAAUUUAGGUCUAAUUUUCAUAAGUAGAAUUUAAAAAGACAUCAAGACAAAGAGCUUUAUUAACUUCAGGUUUAACUAGUUUUGUUCAAAUUAAACUAACUGAAUAUUUCGUUUCCUGACAACAAAACCAAUAGUUUUUCCUUGGCAGAGUUAAUCUACAUGCUGAAGUCAAAUAAGUGAAUGCAAAUGCUGUAUAAUAAAUGGGAAAUAUAUUCUGAUUGGAUAUUGCUGCUCUGUGCCAGUUUAUGUAUAUUAAACAAGUUCAAAACCAUAAGAGAGUACUGUAGAUAUUCUGAGCUAAAAAAAAAAGGGGGGGUUCGUAGUUUUUAUUAGGAACACGUUUGAAAAAAUAAAAUUCUCAGUGUUUGUAAUAACCUACUCACAUGCACAUUUUAGAUUGAUGAAUAAAAAUAUUUACUGAA